AGCAUUUACUCAUACGGUCGCAGUUCCAGCACUGUUGUCUACAACAAGACCCCAUUGAACAAUUUUGAAGUUCACUAGCUUCAAAAUGGACUUUCCUGGGGCACCUGAUAAUGGAUACACUGACAGCUGUCUGGGAGGCAACUGGACCAGCACACCAACAAAUUGUAAAGAUAUUUCUGCUCCAGUUCAAGAUACACAAGAUGUUGACUGUGACAUGGGAACUAAUCAGAUGUUGAUGCAUGUUGCAGUGUCAACAGCAGUGAUUCCUGAGGAUACACAGACAACCAGUGGUGCCCAGCAACCUGCUGAACCAUGUGGCACCACUUACCUAACAAACACACAGACAACCAGUGGUGUCCAGCAACCUGCUGAACCGUGGGCCACCAAUUACCUAACAAAUACACAUGCAACCAAUAGUGACAUGAAAAAUGCUGAAAUGUGUGGAAACACUUAUGAAACAAAUGAGUUGUUGUCAAAGAUCAAGCAAGAAUUCCCCUUGGAAUGUGAUUUCAUGAAUGUGCCAAAUGACAAUCUUGAAAGUUAUAAAUUUUUAGAAGAAAAUCAUGUAAAAGAAGAAAACCAUGUGUUCAAUUUGAUGUUGACCGAGGCUUUAAGUUCUUUUCAGUUGGGACUGGAUGACUCUUUAGAAGUUCACGAUGAGGUGCUAGAAACAAAAGAUGUACAGCCAAAAAGAGAGCAAUUCAAUUGUAAACACUGUGACAAAUCCUACAAUUCCCAAAUAAGUAGAGAUUCUCAUGAGAAAAGGCAUCCAUCAACAAAAAGAUACAAAAAGAAGAAAAGAGCAUCUUUCAAGAGAGCAAACGUUCAACUUCUUGCACCAAAAUUUUCAGACAGCAGACAAAGCACACAUACUAUUCCAAGGAGUCAUAAAAGCAAAAAUGAAUUUGUAGACAAGCAAAAAAAUGGUAAAAUUAGAAAAAUUCAAAAGAAAAAAAAUGACCCCAAAAUUUGUAAAAGAAAAAGCAGUCCAGUUGACCCGCAGAGAAACAAACAGGACAAGGUGCAUACUUCUACUGAAACUAGAAUUCAAGUGACUUGCAACAAAUGUGGGAAAUCAUUUGCAAGUCAGCGCUAUUUAAAGAUACAUGACCGCUGGCACACUGGAAAAGAUCUCAAAAAGUGUGAGCACUGUGGAAAGACCUUCGUAUCCAACUCACAUCUCAAUGAACACAUUGGUACAGUUCACUCUGACAUCAAAAGCAGUGGAAAUGAUAAUGGUAUAAAUCAAGUGAAAAAGAUAAGGUGUAAAAUUUGUGAAAAAAGAUUUAGAAGUGAAAGUGACCUGCAGGGACACCUACAGAGUGGAGUGCAUUCUGCCACGGAGAUUACCAGUGGAGUGGCUUGCGAGGAUUGUGGAAAAACAUUCGCAAGUCUGAGGUCCUUAGAAACGCACAAACGAAGGCACACUGGAGAAAAUCUCCACACGUGUGAGCAGUGUGGAAAGGUAUUUGCCUCCAAGUCUCAGAUCAAUGCGCACAUUAAUAAAGUUCACAACAAUUUCGAACCCCCUUGCAUAUGUAGCAUCUGUGGCAAGACCUUCGGGCAGAAGUACAUGAAGGAGCACAUGAGGAGGAUCCAUGGAAGUGAGGGUGCCCAGAAGUUUGAGUGUUAUCUUUGUGGGAAGGCUUUUUCUAAGAAAUAUCUAAAUGAACAUAUGAGACAAGUGCAUGGAAACCAACAAUACGUAAAAAAUGUUAUGUGCAUUUACUGUGGCAAGAUGAUAAGUCAGAAAUACAUUAAAACUCAUGAAAAAUUACAUACUGGGGAAAAUCUGCUGAAGUGUGAGCAGUGUGAGAAAACAUUUGCUAAAACUUCCCAUCUCAAAUCACACAUGGAAACCCAUACGCCGGGAUUUCACGUGUGCGAGAUGUGUGGGAAGCAGUGCACCACAGGCUCCAACUUGAAGCGUCACAUGAGGCAGCAUAAUGAUCCGGAGUCGUACACUUGUAAGCACUGUGGUAAGGUUUGCUCAGAUAAAGCUUACCUUCGUUGUCACGAGAAGAUACACACGGGGGAAGGAUUGUUUCACUGUGACGUCUGCAACAAGACCUUUGUCCGUUUAUCACAUCUACGCGAUCAUCAGCAAUCUCACAACACUGCUGCUGUUUUAACCUGCAAGUAUUGUAGCAAGGUCUUUAAAGGACAAAUUGCACUGAGAAAGCAUGAAAUAUGCCACACCAGAGAGAGGACUUUCCCAUGUUUAGUAUGUGGAAAGUUGUUCUUUACUGCAUCCCUGUGUAGAAGUCAUGAACGUAGUACACAUUUUGCUAAAAAAGAUUUCAUGUGUAGUUACUGUGGAAUGAAGUUUUCAGCUAAAGGGAGGUUACGGGAUCAUGAAAGAAUUCACACCGGAGAAAAACCAUUCCCCUGUAACUUUUGUGAGAAGACCUUCAGGUUGAAAAGAAACUGUAAGCUCCAUGAAAUGAUGCACAAUGGAACAAGAAAACACUUCUGCCAGUUCUGCAGCAAGGGUUUCUUCCUGAAGUCUCACUGUCGAAGACACGAACUACAUUCUCACAUGAAUAGCAUAGAUAAGCCCUUCCAUUGUCAGUACUGCCCAAAGUCAUUCACUCAGCAACGAGGUGUUGAUUUACAUGAGCGUUUAAUACAUCCAAAUGGACAGACUAUUAUUUACGACUGCAGUAAAUGUGGGAAAGUAUUAAAAAAUAAGCGUAGUCACAGGAAACAUAUUCGCCACUGUCAAACGAAAGGGACGUAUCAGUGCAAAUUCUGCGAGGAAAGUUUGAACACUAAGCUACAACUGGUCAUCCACGAAAAGUUGCACUCGGCACCGAAGCCACAUGAAUGCGAGGUUUGCCAGAGAUGCUUCACAUACAAAGUUCACCUGCGUAAUCACAUGAAACUUCACAAAAGGGAGAAGGAUGCCCUUCAGCUUCAUACACAAACAGUAUCGGAGCUAUGUCUUUCAGACGCAUCCCUUGAAGUUGUUCAAACUUCAUAGUUAAAACACAGCUUAACUAGUUGAGCAUCAGACUGUGUCCACCAUACAUGAUAUAAGGAGA